AUGAAUGUCAGAGUAAUCAAUAGCACUUUUUCUAAAGAAACCAAAGAAAGCAUCAUCCAAGUCCUUAAACAAACAACUGACACUGUUGAAAUCAGAGACAUUCUAAAGCGAUUAAUUCCAGACCUAUGGGUUGUGGUUGCAGGAAAGUCAUUUGCAUAUUCCAUUAGCCGCGCUACAAAGAGUUCUGGUCUAUUCGGCGUCACAAAGCCAGGCGAAAAAGAAGUAAAAUUUCUGAUUUACACGCCCCCACACAGUGAUUUCAGUUCUUUUAUUCCUCCUCCUUUUAAAAAUGACGAAGAAUCCACAUCAAAAAUCACAACUGUGAAGUCAACCAUCAAGGACAAAGAAAUGCUUGACGAAAUAAUAAGCUUUUUAAGCAAAGCCGAUUACAAAGACACAACAAAAGCAUGCGAAUUAAUUAAAGCAAAACUUAUUGAUUAUGAAGACCAUUUUUGGCAUGUCUUUAUAGGGAAAGAUUUUGUAUGCACUCUCCCACAGGCUGAGCCUGAAUAUUUGCUAUAUGUAAAAGCAAAAGAGAGUGAGUUAGAUAUAGUGAUAUUUAGGCAGAAAGGAGUUAAGCGGGAAGUCAAAUGGACAGGGAUUUUGACAUGGGUGUUAUAUGUCUGUUUUUCUUUUGUUUUAUUUUUAGGGCUGAUGGGGUUAAUUAAAUGCCAUGAAGGAUCGACAUCGUGGGUUUGUGAGCAUCAUAAAUCGCUGCUUUAUAUAGCAUUGAGUAUGAUUAUGAGCAAAGGAGUCAAAACAAUUGUGGCGAAAUUUUAUAAAGUAAAACAAAGCUAA